GACUCAGACAUUCAUAUGGAGAUCUGGGUGUAUAAAUACAGGACAGAAGCCGAGGGGACAGCAGCACAGACUCAACUGGCUCUUCAGACUGAGCUGAAACACUCUUACUCUGCAGCAAUGGCGCCUACUGCUUAUGGACAAGCAAGCAAGGACCACCUGACUCCUGCUCACAAGCUAAGGAAGCCGAUGGUGGAGAAAUUACGUAGGGACCGCAUCAACACCAGCAUUGAGCAGCUGAAAUCGCUUCUGGGUCCUGAGUUUCUCAGACAGCAGCCGGACUCAAAGCAGGAGAAGGCUGACAUCUUGGAGAUGGCCGUGUCGUAUCUGAGAAGCUGGCAGCAGCAGAAGCUCCAGUUACAGCAGCAGCAGAGCCUCCUGACUUCUGGCCCCCUGACAGCCUGGGAUGGCUACUCCCGCUGCGUCCAGGAGGCCGUCAGCUUCUUGUCCCGCUGUGAGGUCCAGACUCAGGCCCAUAGGCUGCUCCUCAGCCACUUCCAGGGGCUUCAGGCUCCCAACAGGAACAGUCUCAGCCCUUGCAGCCCCUCUCCUCCUGGCUCUCCUCUUCAUCAGGUCAGCCCCAGUAAGGGUCUGAGCCCAACCAGCAGCACUCUAUGGAGACCCUGGUAAAAUAGAGAUCUUCAAACAGAGAGAGACCUAAGUCUGUGAACGUCAUGGACAGACAGUAAAGACUCCUUGGAGUUUCCUAUCCUUCAUCAUGGCACCAGUUUGGCUCUGUGAGAUGAAACUGUGCCAAUAUUCCUGUGGGAAGGACUGAAAACAUUCAGGUUUUACUGAAUACUGACACCAUGUGUGUUAAUAUUGCAAAUCUGUUUAAAAUACUCUGUGUUACUGUAUCUGUUCCUGCAGGGAAUGUUAACAGCAAACAUUGCUUUAUUAGUUGAACCAUAUUGGUUUUAAACUAUUUUAAUGUCUGGGACAUUUAUGUGAAUGGUGUGUGAAUUGAUAAUAUCAAUGACAUAUUUUUCAUCAGCCUGCAGCCGAUGAAGUAAAAAAAAAAAAAGCGAUAAAAUGAUCCGGUGGAUCCAUGUUUACUGUAAUCCCUUUGGGAUUAUAAGCCUUAUUUGUAACCAUUAUUUGGUUUUUAUUUGAACGAGUGUUACUGGAAGUUAUAUUUCCUGUCUACUUAUGAUCUCCAUGAUAGAUGUUUUUCAUCUGCUACCUGAUUCCUUUUAUAAAGGUAUUUCACUCCAGCUUCAGACUUUACUGAAAGAAAUGCUUGUAUUGCUUCCUUGAGAAGUUUGCAUUUACGUUUGUAAUAAAUAAACUUCUGAUGAAG